AUGCAUGCGGGCCGCUCGGGGCACGUGUUUGUUUUUUGCCCCGCACGUUUGUUUGUUGCGUUGCCCGCCACGCGGCGGCGGUGCUGGCGCCCCGCACGAAGAGGAGCUCGCAGCCGCCGCCCCGCAGGAAAAGACGCGGGCCGCGGCACGCACCGCCGGUCGGACGCGCGGCUUCCCCGCGGGCACCGUCACCCGCACCUUCGCGUGGCGGCGGGGGCACUUGGCUGCUCAACCGUCGCAGUGGGCGUCUCGUGCGGGUGCCGGACCGUCGCCUCCGCCGCCCCCCGCACGCGGCCUGCGCUGCCUCCCACUGCCGCGCCCGAAAUCAUCGCCGCCGUCGCUGUUUUUUUCUCCCCACACUUGUCUUCGCACACACACACACAACCGACGCGCACGCGAUGCGCCUGUAGUGCCGUGCAGGUGGAUGCCCUCUUUGCAGCCUGCGCUGGCAGUGCCGUGUGCGGCUACUGCUGCGGUUUCCUCGCGGGCCGUGAAGAGAAGGGAAGGAAAACGCACAGCACGAGGGGGAGUGCGCUGUGA